GCUGAUUGCAAUGAUGACUACUGGCACCAGCGAUGGCAGCGCUGUCACAGUGGAGGUGAAGGAAAAUGGCCACCCACACAGCAAUGGUGAUAGUGAGCAGGCUGCCAGCAAAACCAUUGAUAGCUCAAAUGUACAAACCCCAGCUGCUAAAGAUGAGAAACACGAAGAACCAGAGGAAUCAAUGGAUACUGCGGAGGAGGCCCAGUCGGAGCCACCCGUGGUGAACGGGCGCGACUCUCCGGAGCCGGCGCCGGCGCCGCCCGCCGCUGCCGCCGAGUCGGAGACGCCGCCGCCGCCGACAACCACCGCCCCAGCGCCUUUGGCGGCUCAGCAGCAGCCGCAGACGGCCGCCACCGCCGGCGGGGGAGCCGCCACCACACCGGCAGCGCCGCACAAACGGAGCGGCGAGACGACCGAGGACGGCGCCGCCAAGCGGGCGCGCGUGGACCCGAACGAGCGCGCCACGCCGCUGGCGCCCGACCUGGCCUGCCUGCGCACCGUCGAGCUGAUCGAGUCGUCGCUGCACAAGCUCAAGAGGGAGGUGAAGGCCAUCGACCUGCUGGCGCGGCAGAAGGAGAAGGAAUGGGACAACCUGCUGAAGCUACGCAAGGCCAAGGAGGAGACGUUCCAGCGGCUCCGGCGGAAGCGCGAGGUGCUGCUGAUGCAGCAGAGUGACGAGGCGGCCGGGCUGGCGCAGCGCGUGGCGGCCGGCCCGGCCAGCGGCGGCUCCGGCUCGGCGGUCGUACCCCCGGCGCGCUCCCCCGUCUCGGUAGCCAGCAGCCUGGUGCAGCAGCAGCUGCAGCAGCACAAACAGAAGCAGCAGCAGGCGCAGCGCGCGGCGGCGGCGGCGGCCGCGCUCAGCGCGCAGUCCUCGCACGGUCUGCGGCCCAUCCGGCCGGCGUACGGCGCCAGCAGGAUGGGCCAGGGCAUGGGUCCGCAGGGUCCGACCAUCAGCGUGCAGCACCUGAUCGACCGGCACGCGGCCGACUACCGGCGGCGCGCUGACCUGGCCGUGCCGCUGCCAGCCAGUUCGGCGCCGGCCGGCCAGCAGGACCCCCAGUACCGAGAGAUGCUGGCGCAGAUCGCCAAACUGAGCAAGGCGCCGUCGGCGGCGGCCGCCGCGGCCGUAGCGUCGGUGGCCGGCGGCACUGGCGAGGUCACCAUACACCAGGUGAGCGCGCCCGGCACAGACGCGGCCAGCGGCGCGCAGCCCCAGUCCAGCCUGGCCAAGCUGCUGAUGGAGAGCAAGAUGAAGCAGGUGGAGCCCACCUCCGUGGUCUCCGAGAUGCUCAAGCGCCGGCCGGCCGGACCGCUGUCGGGCGGCGUGCUGCAGUCGCCCCAGGCGCAGCUGUCUCUGCGCUCCCCGGUGCCGCGCGUGUCGGCGCCGACCGCCCCUCCGCCGCCGCCGCCGGCCACCGAGGAGGUGCCGCUCUGCCAGGGCUGUCAGCAGCGGCAGGCGCAGUUCGUGUGCGCCGGCUGCGGCCACCAGUGGUACUGCUCCAGGGACUGUCAGGUGGAGGCCUGGGACAGCCACGCGGACGACUGUUCGGGCUAGCUGCGGCGCCGCUGACCGCGCUGCGCUGGAGGGCAGCUGCGGCACCCCCACCGCGCUGUGUUGGAGGGCAGCUGGCGCCGCUGACUGCGCUGUGCUGGAGGGCAGCUGGCGCCGCUGACCGCGCUGUGCUGGAGGGCAGCUGGCGCCGCUGACCGCGCUGCGCUGGAGGGCAGCUGCGGCACUCUGACCGCGCUGUAUUGGAAGGCAGCUGGCGCCGCUGACCGCGCUGUGUGGGGCAGCUAGCGCCGCUGACCGCUGGCCGCGCUGUGUGGGGCAGCUGGCGCCGCCACGCGGUCCGCUCUCUGCAGAGGGACCGCCCGCCGGCAGAGAGCGGAGGCAGCUGCUGUGAGCGCCGUCUGCCGCGCAGCUGUACAUAGAGGGAGAGAGCGGUAUGUGCGCGUCCUCGAAUAUUGUCGAUAUGUGUGAGUGUGGUGUGUUUUUGUGUCGCGCGACGCUGCGCUGAGCAGUUUGCUCUGAAUUGUUAUUGUUGGGCUCACUGUGGCUGCUGAUAUACUUUUACCAUUGACGUCGAUGUACAAUACGGUUUGAUUUUGUUUAGAUCUGAUGAUAGUCUGUUGUUUAUGUUAAUGACAUGUGUCGCCCAGCUAUUUAUGACACAUUGGUACAACUCAACCCACAGACGGGACGUCGGGUCCCUCAGCUUGGCGCUUGGAAGCCGUUUGAGACUGUUUUUACAACCAUGGUUGUGCCAUGGGGGCAUGCUGAGGAGUGAACUGUGUGAAAUGUAUUUGUUCGUGUAUCGAUAAUGUCAAUACAAUUGAGACCUGCAUUGCAAA